GAUAAACAAAGUCGGUCUUUUCUUUUAUGUGGCCGACUUCGCCGAAGAGCGAAAUUUCUAUGAAUUUAAAGCCCUCGUAUACAUAGCAACACAAAAACCCCAGAAAAACAACCCUACAAACGAUGUCGAAUUGGGGUACGUCCUUGAAAUUCCGUAUUGCUCGCCGGGCAGGAGACUUCCUCUACCACAGUCAUAAUUAUAACAAAGCUAUUGAUUUGUACAACGAAGCUCUAGUCUUGUUGAACAAACUGGAAUUUAGGAAUUAUCCUAAAAUGCGCUUGCAUUACCGACUAGCGCGUUCCUACGUUGGUAUAAAUGAUUUUAAGGGAGCAUUAGAGAGCUAUAAAAGACUUUUACAAGUAAACGAAGAAGUUAAGAAUAAAGACUGGGAAGUAAGAGCGUGCAAAGGCAUCAGUCAAAUGCACCACUUAAUGGGUCAACCCGUUCAGUCGAUUUUCUUUUCAAGAAAAGUACUUGAAAUUGCAAAAGAAACUGAAGACAAACGAGUAGCAGUAGAAGCUUAUUUAAAAAUGGGUAAUUCUUAUUACAAUCUGGGUAAGCCGGAUAAAUUCAUCGAGUGUCACAACGACGCGCUGAAAAUCUGCAGAGAGAUAGGUGACAGACAAAUGGAAGGAGAAAUACUUGCUAUGCUUGGAAGCAAUCACAAAGAUCGUGCUCAUUACCAGGAAGCAAUCAAAUGCCUAGAGAAGUCCUUGGAAAUAUUCAGAGAAAUAGGCACAUGCAUAAACGAGGGAGGAUCAUAUCAAGGUCUGGGAAUGACCUACCACGAGAUGGGAGAUUUUGACAAGGCUCUCGAAUGCCAUUUCAAGUCUUUAGAGUUGAUGAUGAAACAUAAAGAAGAAGAAUUCUCUGUGGGUGUUUCCUAUAACAACAUUGGUACCACUUAUCAUGCAAUCUGUAAAUACAGCGAAGCACUUGAGUAUUUCAAAAAAACUCAUGAAAUUAUGGAAAAAUGGGGAAACAAAAUAGCAUUAGGAAAAGCUCAUCACGGUCUUGGCUUGUGCUACACUUCGCUCGGUCAGUUCGCUGACGCUACCAAACACCAGGUUAAAGCGGUAGAAAUCCUAGAGGAAACUGGACUCAAAUUUGAAAUGGGCCGAGCCCUCGCUGAACUGGGAAGGUCUUACAACACAAUUGGCCACAAAAGGGAAGCUAUGAAUAGUUAUCAGAGAGCCCUUAAGUGCAGUCAGGCAGUAGGGGAUAAGAGUAUCGAAUCAAAUGCCUACCAUGGUCUAGGCGAUCUAUGCGUUUGUCUGGGAGACCCUCAACAAGGAGAGAGAUAUCUAAAGAAAGCUCUUGCCUUAGCAAAAGAAACUGGAGAUAAAAGCAAUGAGGCGACGAUCCAUGCAGACCUCGGGUUCUGCUACAUGUGUUGUGGCCGACGAAAUGAAUCUCUUGAAAACUUGAAUUUAGGAAUUUCUCUCAUGCAAGAACUUGGAGAUAAGCGUGGUGAAGCGACAGCUUUGAUUAACCUUGGAUCCCUGCACCAGACCUUUGGAAAUCUGAAGAAAGCAAGACAAACUCUCCAAAAAGCACUCAAGAUAACAAGAAAAAUUGGAGAUAAAGGAAAAGAACAAGAGGCUCUUACCUUUCUAGGGAUAUGUAAUAGGAUGGAUGGAGAGCUAAAGAUGGCGCAUGAGUGCUUUUCACAGAGCAUUACUUGGCCAGAAAGGAACCGCCAACUACUUCAAGACGAACAUAAACUUUCUCUGGAUAACGUAACGUUUGCUAGCUAUUACGAAUUAUGUUCGCUUCGUAUCAGUCAAGGACAUUUUGCUGAGGCGUUGUGUACCAUAGAGCGAGGACGUUCUCGAGCUCUUAGCGACUUACUGUCCCAGAAAUAUGGUAUCCGACGACACAAUUCAAGCGAACUUUAUUUGAAUAGUGUCAAGGAUCUUUGUAUCAAGAACCAAAGUACGAUCCUCUACAUGGCUACGCAUAGCCUUAAAAAAUAUUUCUGGGUUUUGGAGGGUGGAGAAAUUCAAUUUAAGCUUGUGGAAUUCAAAGUGGCAAAGGACGUCAUCGAGUUGCUCAAGAGUUUGCUAAGAGGACAAUCUGUGUCUGAAUGUGAAGAUCGCUCAUUGUCAGCAUACUAUGGAUUAAAACCAUCGUUGGAAGAAAUAAAAGACAAACGCGGGCAGCGUCUUUUUGAAGAAGAAGAAGAACAAGAAGGAAAAAAGGAGGAUUCUCGCCUUUACCAGUGGUAUAAUGAUAUUUUCGCCCCCAUUGCUGAUCUUGUUCAACGUCAAGAAAUCAUCAUUAUCCCGGAAAGUGAACACUUUUUGGUGCCAUUUUGCGCGUUAUGUGAUAACAACGACAAAUUCCUGUCAGAGACCUUCCGAAUCCGCCUGAUUCCAUCACUGACAGCAUUAAGGAUGAUCCAGGACAGUCCUGUAGACUAUCACUGUGCAACCGGGGCGUUGAUCGUGGGUGAUCCCUCUGUUCCUCCUCAAACAGAGUUGCCAUCAUUGCCAGGUGCAAGAAGAGAAGCAAUGGAAAUUGCAGAGUUGUUGGGUGUGUCGGCUACUUUAGGAGUUGAAGCCACCAAAAAACAAGUCCUCCGACGGAUUCGGGAUGUCAGUUUGAUCCACAUUGCUGCCCACGGUGAUGCAAAAAGAGGAGAAAUCUUUCUUGCCUCAAACUGUCCCUCCAGACCAACUAAAAGGAAGGAUGACUUCAUGCUUACCAUGGAAGAUGUCGCAAAAGUUGGUACGCGAGCCAAGCUGGUCGUUCUCAGCUGUUGUCACAGUGGCCAGGGACAUAUUAUGAAAUCAGAGGGAGUUGUGGGUAUCUCUCGCGCCUUUUUGGCAGCGGGAGCUCGCUCAGUGCUAGUUUCCCUGUGGGCCGUGGAUGAUCGAGCCACGAAAGAGUUCAUGAUUCGUUUCUAUGGACAUGUGAAGUGCGAUAAACUGAGUGCCGGUGAAGCUCUUCACCAAACCAUAAAGUGGAUGAGAGAAUCCAAGAGGUACAGAGUGAAGGACUGGGCAGCAUUUGUUUUAAUCGGGGAUGACGUCACUUUGGACUUCUAAAAAGGUGUUACACCUUUAAACUGCGCUACAAAAACAACUUUAUCGGGUCCAAAAUUUUAACUUCCUUACCUAUGAUGCACACAAGUCUUAUUAUUUUAUCAUUUUGAAAGUAGCAGUUGUUGAUGCUCAGAUAGAGCGCGUAGCAAACAUGGAGAAAUCAUGAACUGAUCAAAACGAAGAUGAAACUUUUCAUAUAUGCUGUUGUUAAUUAUGGUGCUGUUUAUUUUUUCGCAAAGUUCGACCAAAAUUGAGAUUAAAAAAAUAGCGAUAGUUCUGAAAUUAUUGUAAGAUUGUUGUAAUUACAGCGAACCGCGAAAUCGCACAAAAUAUGUAGCACAAAUAGCACUAUUGCACUGCUAUGAAAGUUAAGUUCGUCGAUUUACAAUGUACAAUGGCGAGAAGUCCGCCCAAGCAAACUCUACAUAAAGACUGUUUUUAGUCAAAAUAAUGUUUAGAAUUUUCAAAGAUCAAUUUUUUUAGGUUUUUUUUUUCAACAUGAUGUAUAGUAACUAUAUAUCGAUUUCUUUUUGCAUUUAAAGUUAAAUAAAAUUUUAAAAAAGUGAGUACAUGUAAACCAUAAAGAGGAGAAUGUACAAAUCCUGCU